GCAUUUUUAAUAGGAAAAGAAGGUGGAUUUCCAUUCUCUCCUUCAGCACGCAAUUUUGGGUCUUUCUCGUUUUAGCACAACAACAGGAUUGUUUGUUGAAAAAUGUUCUUGUUCGAAAGGAUAAGUGACGAAGAUUGGAAGCGUAUAAAGUCAACAAGAAAAGCAUAUUCGUUUCGUAAAGACUUCAAGGCUAAAGAAAGUUCACUGGAAGAAUUAAACUGUUCUGGUAUGCUGACUUCACAGUUGGCUGAAGAAGCGUCUGUCGAAACAGGAACCAGCUGGCUUUUCAUUGCCACUCCUGAACUUAAAGUUGCCAUUAGAAGUGAACUCGUUGUUGAAGUAAUUCCUUUAAAGGAAAGUAUAGAGGAAGUGUUUUUCUCUGCUUUGAAUAAUUCUUUAAAACAACUUGCAAGAUCUUCCGACGUUUCAUUUGAUUGCGUUGUAGUGGAAACAGUGAUUAAUGUUUCUCUUUACUACAACGAACAAAGUAUUGAAAAAUACUCAGCUCUAUUAAAUUCUUCAAGUAGACUUGGAAAGUUGGCUGGCUAUUCCGAAGUGGAACGCGUUCAUUGUGUUAUAAGUGACAUCUCACAGUUGGAACAAGAACUACGAAAUAUGCAUAAAGUAUUGGAUAAUGUCAGAAGUUUACUAUUGGCUGUAGCAGAAGGUUCUAACAUAGCAAAAAGUAACGAAACAUUUGUGCAUUAUUUGCACGAAAGGAAUGGUAUGAUGAAUUGUAUAUUGUCCUGUUUGAAGAAAAUUCUCUUAUUCGAGAAUAGAACAAUGGAAGUGAAGAGUAGUCUCCGUUUGAAAGAGCAAGAAAGUAUUGCGGAUAUAAAAGGAAGGACCGAUCGCGUUUUGGAAGUUGAUAUUGCUGGAGUAUUUUUCUCUGCUGUUUUUUCUGGAGUUUUGUUGGUUCCUGCUUACUUUGCGUUCAAUAUGCUCAUUCCUAUUGAGCAUUUAAGGAAUGGAAGUACCUAUUUUUUCAUUGCUGUGGUUAUUGCUUGUUUUGUAGUUAUCUUUAUAAUGACGAUACUUUAUGCUAAAUGGCUACAGAAGAAUCGAAAAAUGAGAGUUUUGUUUGCUAAAUCUUUAUCUUUGGAUAAGAAUGAAGACAGGUUACCAUCACUGUGAAGAAGGAAUCCGAGAAAGCAAUAAAAAUAGUCUGAAGCCUUAUUUGUUUACAUUAUUGUGAUAAAGGAACAUUUUGUUCU